GCGGUACUUCAGCAAUAUGGGUACUCUGUAUCUGGUGGCGAUUUGCCUCAUGGCUAGCACCACUGCAGUUCUAGGUGCCCCAGACAAUCGUGGUACAGAAUUCAUCAUAGGUUUUAUGGAAAAUUAUAUCAUGGGUUCGUACGUACAGUGUGAGCUGUUUGUAACGACCGCCCGGACCACUAUGGUCAGUGUAAAGGUAGACUCACCAAAAUGUACCAGCCCAAAAAUCUCAGCGUCAUUCUCUAUAACGGCAGGCAAGGUGAAACAGCUGAUUUUCAAUUACAAAAUAAGAGUUAUUGGAUCAAGAAAAGAGAGUAAAGGAAUCUUGGUAAAAGCAACUGAUGAAAUUGUCAUCUAUGGAAUAAAUAAGGAAAGGUACUCCAACGAUGGCUUUGUCGGUCUUCCUCUCGACGUCUUGUCCGAUGAGUACUACGUCGUUGCGUGGUAUCCACCAUACAGGCAGUGUGAGCUGAUGGUUGUAGGGGUGGAAGAUUCUACCGUGGCAAGCGUGACCCUCGGGCAGCACAUCGGGUCCAGGAAUGUAAAGUAUGGAGGCAGAACUUACUAUAAAGGCAAUACGGUAAAGGAAACUCUAAACAAGUACGACACUUGGCAGCUUGUCAGUACUGGCGACCUGACCGGAACUUACGUCACAUCUACCAAAAAGGUUGCCGUAUUUUCUGGAAACAAGAAGACAAAAAUUGGAUCCGGUGGUUCCCAAGAUCAUUUGGUUGAACAAAUGACCCCAGUAGACACAUGGGGUAAAAACUUCGCUACGGUCCCAAUCCCGAAGAGAACUGUUGGCGACUAUUUCAAAUUCAUUGCCAGCGAAGAUAGCACUACAGUAAAAAUAACGGGAGGAUAUACGUCUACUUUUACGAUAUCGAGAAAGGGAGGAAUGGUACAGAGGCUUAUUUCAUCCAAAGCAUACUGUAGGAUUGUAGCAAACAAGCCAAUCAUGGUAACCCAAUUCGUUCAGUCCCAGCAGAGGUCCUCCGAACCUUCCGAUCCCUCCAUGCUGAUCAUUCCUCCUGUUGAACAAUACGGCGCAGACUAUACAUUUGCUACCCCGAAGUACUCACAGGGCUCCUAUGAAAAUUUCUUUAUGUUUAUCGCUGAGGCGAGCGAAGCCUCUGGUCUAAGAAUCGACGGUAAAGCGUUUCCAACAAAUACAGUAUAUAAAGCAAUAUCCGGAACUACCCUCGUUGGAGGAUACAUAUCAAUUACAGAGGGAACCCACACAGUCCGACACAUAUCCCCUAUCGCCAUUUUUGGAGGAUUCUUAUACGGCCGAGCACCCGCUGAAACCUACGGAUUUACCACUGGGAUGAGAAUGGCCAAAGUCAAUACGGUCUGUGUCCCUACGCCGACAGUUACAGGAGAUGGUAUAGACAACGACUGUGACGGAAAAAUCGACGAGGAACUGUGUACCCCGGAAAACAGAAACAAAGAUGACGACGGGGAUGGGAAGAUCAAUGAAGACUGUGCUAAACCACCGCCAAUUGACGGACAGUGGACUUCUUGGGCGUCGUACGGCGCAUGCUCUGUGACCUGUCAACCAACGUCGGGCACGGUAUCAGGAACUAAAACUCGAACCAGAACCUGUUCAAAUCCGGCCCCUGCUUAUGACGGAAAACAGUGUGUUGGUUCUGGAAGUGAAACCGUCUCAUGUACACCAACAAACACAUGUAGAGUUGAUGGAAACUGGGGAUCUUGGGGAUCUUACGGCGCAUGCUCAGUGACCUGUGCUAGCGGAACGAAGUCACGUUCAAGGUCAUGUAAUAAUCCAGCCCCUGCAGGUGGGGGAAAUAACUGUGUAGGAAGUUCCACGUCAUCAGCCACGUGUACAUUAUCUGCAUGUCCAAUUGACGGAAAUUGGGCUUCAUGGGGGUCCUAUAGCGCCUGCAGCGUGACUUGUGGGGGAGGAAAGCAGGGCAGGACUCGCACCUGUUCUAACCCCGCCCCCCAAUAUGGCGGAUUGGCAUGUUCCGGAUCUUCUUCUUCAUCUCAGAGUUGUAAUACACACAACUGUCCAAUUGAUGGAAAUUGGGCGUCUUGGGGAUCUUACGCCGCAUGCUCAGUGACCUGCGGUGGAGGAAGACAAUCGCGGACUAGAACCUGUACUAACCCCGCCCCUCAGUAUCUUGGAGCUAACUGUAUUGGAGGUUCUUCGUCAUCACAAAGCUGUAACACACAUAACUGUCCGAUUGACGGAAAUUGGGCUUCAUGGGGGUCCUAUGGCGCCUGUACCGUGACAUGUGGGGGAGGAACGCAAGGCAGGACUCGCACCUGUUCUAGCCCCGCCCCUCAAUAUGGCGGGAAGGCGUGUUCCGGAUCGUCUUCUUCAUCUCAGAGUUGUAAUACACACAACUGUCCAAUUGAUGGAAAUUGGGCGUCUUGGGGAUCUUACGCCGCAUGCUCAGUGACCUGCGGUGGAGGAAGACAAUCACGGACUAGAACCUGUACUAACCCCGCCCCUCAGUAUCUUGGAGCUAACUGUGUUGGAAGUACAUCGUCGUCACAAAGCUGUAACACACACAACUGUCCAAUUGACGGAAAUUGGGCUUCAUGGGGGUCCUAUAGCGCCUGUACCGUUACUUGUGGGGGAGGAACGCAAGGCAGAAAUCGCACCUGUUCUAACCCCGUUCCCAAAUAUGGCGGGAAGGUUUGUUCCGGGUCGUCUUCUUCAUCUCAGAGUUGUAAUACACACAACUGUCCAAUUGAUGGAAACUGGGCGUCUUGGGGAUCAUACGGCGCAUGCUCAGUGACCUGCGGUGGAGGAAGUCAAUCAAGGAAUAGAACCUGUACGAACCCCGCCCCUCAGUAUCUUGGAGCUAACUGUGUUGGAAGAACAUCGUCAUCACGAGACUGUAACACACACAACUGUCCAAUUGACGGUAAUUGGGCUUCAUGGGGGUCCUAUGGCGCCUGUACCGUAACGUGUGGAGGGGGAACUCAGGGCAGGACCCGCACCUGUACAAGCCCCGCCCCCCAAUAUGGCGGAUCGGCAUGUUCCGGAUCGGCUUCAUCAUUUCGGAGUUGUAAUACGCAUUACUGUCCAAUUGAUGGAAACUGGGCGUCUUGGGGAUCAUACGCCGCUUGCUCAGUGACCUGUGGUGGAGGAAGACAAUCACGGACUAGAACCUGUACUAACCCCGCCCCUCAGUAUCUUGGAGCUAACUGUGUUGGAAGUUCCUCGUCAUUACGAGACUGUAACACACACAACUGUCCAAUUGACGGUAAUUGGGCUUCAUGGGGGUCUUAUGGCGCCUGUACCGUAACGUGUGGAGGAGGAACCCAGGGCAGGACUCGCUCCUGUUCUAGCCCCGCCCCUCAAUAUGGCGGAUCGGCAUGUUCCGGAUCUUCUUCUUCAUCUCAGAGUUGUAAUACACACAACUGCCCAAUUGAUGGAAAUUGGGCGUCUUGGGGAUCAUACGGCGCAUGCUCAGUGACCUGCGGUGGGGGAAGUCAAUCACGGACUAGAACCUGUACGAACCCCGCCCCUCAGUAUCUUGGAGCUAACUGUGUUGGAAGUACAUCGUCGUCACAAAGCUGUAACACACACAACUGUCCAAUUGAUGGUAAUUGGGCUUCAUGGGGGUCUUAUGGCGCCUGUACCGUAACGUGUGGAGGAGGAACCCAGCGCAGGACUCGCACCUGUUCUAGCCCUGCCCCUCAAUAUGGCGGAUCGGCAUGUUCCGGAUCUUCUUCUUCAUCUCAGAGUUGUAAUACACACAACUGUCCAAUUGAUGGAAAUUGGGCGUCUUGGGGAUCAUACGGCGCAUGCUCAGUGACCUGCGGUGGGGGAAGUCAAUCACGGACUAGAACCUGUACAAACCCCGCCCCUCAGUAUCUUGGAGCUGACUGUGUUGGGAGUACAUCGUCAUCACAAAGCUGUAACACACACAACUGUCCGAUUGACGGAUCAUGGGCCAGCUGGGGAUCCUGGGCCACGUGUACCGAGACUUGUGGAGGAGGAGUGCAAUCCCGAACCCGAUCUUGUAAUAACCCCGCUCCACAAUAUGGUGGCGUAAACUGUCCCGGGAUGUCUUCAAGCACUCAGUUCUGUAACACACAAAACUGUCCCAUUAAUGGAAAUUGGAAUAGCUGGACAUCUUGGGGCUCAUGCACAGUGACAUGUGGGGGAGGUAAACAGACGCGUUCUAGAAGCUGUUCCAGUCCAGCCCCCCAGUACGGCGGAUUAAAUUGUCUUGGUUCUACAACAUCAACUCAGGACUGCAACACACAACAUUGUCCAAUUGAUGGCGGUUUAUCUAGUUGGGGAGCCUGGGGCACCUGUACCGUAUCAUGUGGCGGAGGAACACAAGUGCGCACGCGCAGUUGCACAAAUCCUGCUCCUCAGUACGGUGGCGCUAGUUGUGCUGGAGUGACGUCACAAAAUCAGGAUUGUAACACACAAGUCUGCAUCAUUGACGGUGCGUGGAGCCAGUGGGGGUCCUGGGGCACGUGCUCUGUCUCAUGUGGAGGAGGGAAAAGGUCACGUGCCAGGACAUGUACCGACCCAAAACCAGCUAAUGGCGGGAAGUCGUGCAUCGGCUCUACCAGUGAUCUCGAUGACUGUAACUCCCAGACCUGUCCCACCCCCGCCGCCGGGGCCUACGUACAGCUUUGUCCAGCCGGAUGGUUUACUUGUAAAUCAGGGGGAAUAACUUGUAUCGACAAGGCAUUUAUCUGUGACUGUUCAUCAGACUGUGAUGACGGAAGUGACGAAACGACCGGAUAUGCCGGUUGCUCAGGGGCCGUUAUUGCUCAAUGUGCAGAAAACAGUUCAGGGAAAUUGUUUUCAUCUCCAGUCCUGGUGUUCUGUGCGUUUGUAAUGGUGUUUUAUCAACUAAUCAAGUGAUGAGUCAACCCAGUGGUUUUAACAAAGGUCACUUAAAAGAAGAUUAUAGACCCACUAACUUGUUGUGCCGGAUGACGUUCGUCGUCAAUGUUGUUGAUUGAAUUUUCAAUGUCAGUUUACUGUGUAACCUGCAUGUCGUUUUUCUAAAAACAUUCUUAAUAAAAGUCCUCGCAAUUCAA